AUGAAUUGCUUACUGUGGAACAUUAGAGGAAUUGGAAAGGGUGAGAAGGUUAUGUCAAUUAGAGAGUUGAUCGACAGUCACAAAGUCUCCUUUUUGGGUCUCGUUGAAACAAAACAUAAAAGAACACUCAUGAGUAGAAUAAAAAGGUUGUGGGGCAAUGAAGACUUUGAAUUGUGUGAAGUUUUUGCAUCAAAGACAAAUGGUGGUGGUCUUGCCGCAAUAUGGGACACUACAACCCUUUCGAUUACCAACAAAGUUUAUAGUGAAAGAUGGAUUCUGCUAGAAGGGGAGAUCAUAAAAGCAAGCUUCAAAUGUUGUAUUGGUGUAGUGUACGGGCCAAACGAUAAAAUAGGAAGAAACAUGGUUUUUUCAGAACUUAAAAAUGCCAUCACAAGCAUCAACAAGCCAACUCUCCUUUUAGGUGACUUCAAUGUUAUACUCAACCCAUGGGAAAGAGUAGGAACCUUGAGGUGUGAUCGGAGUAUAAAAAAUUUCUCUGACUGGAUUCGUGAUGUAGGGCUUAUCGAUAUUCCUCUGCAAGGACUAAAAUUCACGUGGAGGAGGAAUGAAUCCAAAAGCAAGCUAGAUAGAGGGCUAUGCUGCAAUGAGUGGUUACUCAAAUAUCCAAAUCUGAAAUUGAUGGGUCUUAGAAGAAGCUGCUCAGACCACAACCCGCUUCUACUGUGCCUAGAAGAUUCACAUAAUUGGGGACCUAAACCGUUCAGAACUUAUGAUGCAUGGUUCCUGAACCCGAACUUUAACGAUUUCAUCCUAAAUGAAUGGGAAAACCUCCCGUCUGUACCCCUUAAUGAGAAGCUGAAAAUCCUAAAAGGCCCAAUGAGAACAUGGAGCAAAGAACAUUUUCACCAGUUAGAUUAUAAAAUCAACAACCUGGAAACCGCCAUACACGACCUUGAAAGGAUUAGUGAUGAUCGGUCGCUGGGUGAUAUAGAGAAAGCUAGACUUCUUGCAGCUCAGUCCCUGCUCCAAUCUUAUCUCAUCAGAAGAGAGCGAAUUUGGAGGCAAAAAGCCAGAUCCUAUGGUUUUAAAAUGAAAGACCAUAACACAAAAUUCUUCAUGGCCUCUACACUUAUCAGAAGAAAGAGAAAUGAGAUUGUUUCAACAAAGGUGAAUGGCAGAUGCAUACAGGGUACAUCAAACCUCAAAUCUGAAAUCCAAAAUUUCUUUGCUCAGAGAUUCUCACAAGAGUCGACACCAGAUUUUGAUUUUGAGUUGGAAAACCACCCAAAGCUCACAGCAGAACAAGCAACCUCCUUGGAGACUUACCCUUCUAGAGAUGAAGUAAAGAAUGCCGUUUGGGCUUGUGGGGUUGACAAAGCGCCGGGGUACGACGGAUACAACUUCAAGUUCCUAAGAGUAAUGUGGGAGACGAUCAAGGAGGAAGUUUAUGACUUUGUUAUGGCUUUUCUCACUCUCGGAUAUCGUUGA